AGCAGGUCUUGGACUAUGUUUAGGAUACUUGGAAAGAGGGAACGUGCAUAGAUUUGCAGUGCUUAUUGUCUGUAGUUCAGUAUUUGUUUAUUCAUACCUAUAUAUCUGCAUUUUUAUUAACUUUUCCAAGAUGGUGAACACAAAUAUGCGUUGGAAACUGCCCUUGAUAUGUUUCAUCUGGCAGUUAGCGAUGAUUGUUCUCUUUGGAGUCUUCAUAAGAUACAGUGAUGAAGCUGAUGCUGCCCGAUGGCCAGAGUACAAAAGGAAUCAUAGUAUCACCACGAAUGUGGAAAAUGACUUCUACUUCAGAUACCCAAGUUUCCAGGAUGUGCAUGUGAUGAUAUUUGUGGGAUUUGGGUUCCUGAUGACAUUUUUACAGAAGUACGGUUUUAGUGCAGUGGGUUUCAACUUUCUUAUUGCAGCAUUUGGAAUCCAGUGGUCUCUGCUCAUGCAAGGGUGGUUCCAUUCACUUGAUUACAAUGAUGGAAAAAUCAAGAUUGGUGUUGUAAACCUUAUAAAUGCUGACUUCUGCACUGCUUCAGCUUUAAUUUCCUUUGGAGCUGUUCUUGGAAAAGCCAGUCCUGUUCAGCUUUUACUAAUGACCCUUUUUGAGGUUACCCUCUUUGCAGUUGAUGAGUACAUUGUCCUGAACCUUAUUCAGGCUAGAGAUCCAGGUGGCACUAUGACUAUCCAUACAUACGGUGCUUCGUUUGGACUGAUGGUAUCGUGGAUGCUGUGGCGCAAAGAUGUGGAGUGCACCAAAGACAAGCAAAGUUCCGUGUACCACUCAGAUCUCUUUUCCAUGGUUGGAACCUUAUUUCUCUGGAUGUUUUGGCCCAGUUUCAACUCUGCUACUGCUGGUCAUGGGGAUGGGCAGCACCGAGCUGCCAUUAACACUUACUGCUCCCUUGCUGCAAGUGUAUUGACAGCAGUAAUGAUAUCAAGCCUUCUGAAUAAAAAGGGAAAGCUAGAUAUGGUACAUAUUCAGAAUUCCACUCUUGCUGGUGGUGUGGUUGCAGGAACUGCUGCCGAGAUGAUGCUGACACCAUACGGAUCUUUAAUAAUAGGCUUUUGUGUUGGCAUAAUAAGCGUUUUAGGAUUUGUCUAUGUAACGCCUUUCCUAGCAAGUAAACUGAAACUUCAUGAUACAUGUGGAAUUUUUAACCUGCAUUUUCUACCUGGAGUGCUUGGAAGUAUUGUUGGUGCCAUCACAGCUGCAGCAGCUACAGAAGGGGUUUACACCAAGGAGGGGUUGAAUGCAAAUUUUGGUUUUGAAGAUCAUGAGGCCCGAAUUCCUACAACCCAGGGAGGAUACCAGGCAGCAGGCAUGUGUGUCGCACUAGCAUUUGGCCUUGGUGGAGGAACUCUAGUUGGUUUGUUUUUGCGGUUACCCAUCUGGGGAGAUCCUGCAGAUGAAAACUGCUUUGAGGAUGACGUUUACUGGGAGGUUCCUGGUGACGAGGAAAUUGGACCAUAUCACCUAGAAGAAAGAAACCACACAGAUACAAAACACUGAAAGUAAAAUGAUGAAUAAACAAAAAUGGUACUAGUAAAUUCUGAACCUUUUGCAAGAGAAUUGUUUGCACUCAGAAGCACUUAUUUCUUGUUUGAACAUAUAGCCUACAAUGGAAACUGAGGAGUAUAAAUUAUUGCCACCCCCUGCUCUCACAAAAAGAAGACUUGUAGUGAUUUUUAGACUUCACCAGCAGAUAUCUGAACAACUUUAUGACCAUGUAUGCUUGCAGGUAUGAUAUACCUCUGUCUUGAUGCCACAGGGGCUAAAAACAUGUCUUACUUGAAGGGGCAAUAAAUGAACUUACAUCAUGAAACAUAGACUGAGAAAGUAACACAAGGUGAAGUCUACGAUAUUCACAGCAUCCUGCAGUGGUAACCAAUGAACCAUACGCACAUCUUUCCCCAAACUGAAAACAACUGAAAUCAGUUUCUUUGUCAUGGAACUACUGAAUUCUGUUCAAUGAAGGGCUGUGUUGGCAAUCCAUUUUCCUAUAUUAUUUUAAUGAGGUGGUUACUAUGCAGUAUUUAUUGAUGGCAUGAAUAUAUUCUGAUAGCCCUUAGUUUCAUUUAUGCGCUAUAACUAUGCAGAACAAAUGACUAGUGCAGGACAGGCAGUCCAGAAGAUUGCUGCUAAGCUAUGGAACAUAUUUUGUAAUUUGUCCCUCAUUUUGCUUAUUGGAACAUUAGUAUGGUUUAAAUCUCAAAAUUCAUCUUAUCAAAUAUAUUACUAACUUUACCUACUUGACUGAACUGUUAAUAGAUAAGCCAGCAAAGUUCCAGUCACAGGGAUUAACAAAUUCUAAAAGUAUUAUUUUUACAACUUCUUUUGCUAUCCAGUAUUUCAUCAUGUUGAAAAAUGAUAGGCUAAUCACAUGCUAGCACACAAUUCCUCAUCUAGCCACUAAACCUUGCUCAUGACAAAAUUUAGAUCACAGUUUAAAAAUUUACUAUGUUGUAAUUUUUAUGAGUACUUUUUUUUUUUAUUUCAGAAUCAUAGGAUCAUAGGAAGUUACUAGGCUAAUGGCCCCAAGGCCCUUUCAAGCCUAACCAAGUUCAACCAGUGUUCCCAAUGGUAUCAGGUUCAAGCAGCCACUAAAAUCACAGUCUUACCUCAUGCUUCCAGCCUCUCCAAAGAACAGUGCUUAUUAUACCGUUUGGUACUGAACUAACCUGAACUCACUGAUACUGGGCUGAAAAACCCUCUUGCCCUCCACACACAAUCCCUUGUUGUUCACACACUCUGAUACUUGCAGUAUUGCUACUCAUUUUAUUUUUCCUCAAUCUGGCAAAUGUGUUUAAUAUUAAUCCUAGAAAGCCAAAAAAAAAAAAUGAUAUCAUUCCUGUAUUUAAAAUUAGAAGCCCCCCCCAACAUUACUUACACAUUACUUCACUCAAAAUUGAAAGUUAUUUAAAAUUUAAGCUAAUACAUUUGGAUCUAACUUCAGUUUGCAUGUUCAGAUUUCUAAGCUUUCUAGUUUGUGUUUUACCUUCACGGCUUAAAACAAAUCUUCCCAAAAUGUGAAAGUUGAGCCCACUUACACAAAAUUUAGAUGGCUGUGUAGCUGUUUGCUUACAACUUAUCUCCCCAUUUAGAACUAAUACAGAUCACAGUAUUCUUAUAGUAUUAACUUUUAAGAAAAAUAAGUUGGUAACCAAUUGAAAUGUCUGGACCCAAAGCACAGAAAGUGAAUGACCGAGAAAAACAGACUUUGACAAUUUUGUGGAAUAUUCCCUUUUCUCUGAGGUAUGGUAAUCUCAGAGUUAUAUAAAAGUUCAAAGUCAAAGUAAACUUUAUUGUCAUUUAGAUCUGUAUAUAGUGUAGCUAAACAAAAGUAUGUUGCUUCGUUCCCAGUGCAAGAAACAUACAUACAUAUAUUUACUAUUUAGUAGUACUAGGACCGACACUUACAGACAUUACAUGUAUGAAAAAUGUGCCAUUUAGGGUAUUGUACUAGCAGAUAUUGCACAAACUUGAAUUUUCACAUUAACAGGUACCUGUGAAGCAAAAAUAUUGCAUAGGGUAUUGGACAUUCAAGUCUGAAGACAGAUGAAGGUUUGGAUAUUGCACUAAAGUAUGCUACUAGUGGAAGUGAUCUUAGUAUAAAUGGACAUGAGAGUAUGUCAUUUACUGGACAUACACUUUAUAAGGUCAGAAGAGGUUGCAAGAAAGAAGUUUAAAGGAGAAAAGCAAUAUUCAUUAUUUACUUUUCUCCUGCAGUUUCGGGGGGGGGAUUAUAAUGUCACUAUUCAGCAUUUGGAGUACAGAUGUUUCAGGAGGGAGUAAAGCAAAUCACUUGAUAUAAUGCUAUAAUCUAACUUGGAUGCAUAGCUCUAAAUUCAAAUAUUUCUGUGUUGUAUAUUAAUGUUAACAAUUUGAUUAGGAAAAUAAAAGCUGCAAAAUAUCCAUUUUAUCAGUGAUAUUGUCACUGUCAGACUAUGAUCUCAUUGCACCACAUAGUUUUUUUUUUUAAUAUGAUCCCAGUUCUAGCUACAAAAUAGUCAUGUUUAAAGAAUAAAUGUUAGUUAAUAGUUGCCUAUUUGCCUAUAAAUGCAGCUGACAUGAUGGUUUAGAAUAUUGAAGUAGGACUUUAUUUUCCAUAAAUUCAUUUUUUUCUGUAUGAUCACAAUGCAGGAAAGGAUAAACUGUGAAAUGUAAAAUAUAAUAUUUGUUGAAUGAAACAAGAUUGCUUAUUUCUGUGUUCUAAGAUCAGAGUUUGCCAUAUCUUUCCGAUGAAAAGUGAGAAGGAAUAAGAGGACAAGGUGUCCACUCAUUAUAUGAUCUCAUUAAGCUGUUCAUACCAUGUAAAUGCAUAUCAAUAUGGCUGCUAAUAACAGAAUGAGCCAUGGAUUCCAGGUUUACACUCUACCUUCACAAUCAGGCAGUCUGUUAUGUAAUGUUCCAGAGGUUCAUUUUAUCAAAUAAAAAAAAAAACUGAGCCAAAA